GUUAUAAGUUGUACUCUUAUUGUUGAUAGUACAUGGUGCAUUCAGGGAAAUAACACAUCAUCGUCAUCUGAAUAUUCAGAUGAGGGAGCAGCAAGACCUACUCCAAGGACAAAUGAAUACUUCAACGAAAUGAUAUAUUGCACUUGCAAUAGGUGCCAAAAUAGGAAACUAAAGAAGCGACGACUUGUUGGUAUCCAUAGAUUGAACUAUGGGGUUUAUAUAGAAGAGCCGCUUCCAGUUCACAAUAUUCCCGAAGAACCAACGGAUGUAACCGAUGAUAGCCACUCUCAAGAUGAAGAACAAGACAUGGUUAUGGAUGAAGCCACUUCGCAGAUAAAUGAGGUUGGUGUUGAUGAAUUCAUCAAAGACUUCUACACAUCUUUUGAGGAUGUUAUUGAUUCCCCCCUAGCUCAGUUGGCUAGGACACCUGUUUUCUCAAAUGCAGAUACUUCUAUAUUGGCAACACUUAUGUUGUUGUUGAAUUUGAAGGUUACACAUGGAUUGACAAAUACAUGCUUUACUGAUAUAUUAAGGCUUUUGGCAAACAAAAUACUUCCAAAGGACAAUAAGCUACCUCAUUCACAUAGAGAAGUAUCCUUAGUAAUGAAAGAUAUUGGAAUGGAGUACAAUACAUAUGAUGCAUGUCCAAAUGACCAUAUAUUGUACUAUGGAAGGAAUGCAAAUUUGCAGCAAUGCCCAGUGUGUCACACAGGUAGAUAUCGUCAAGAUCAAGUAUCCAAGAAGGUUCCUUAUAAAGUACUAUGACACAUUCCACUAAAGCCAAGGUUCGAGAGGAUGUUCAAAUGCAAGGAGUUGGCAAAAUAUAUGGAUUAUCAUGCACAUGGGAGGAGCCAAGAUGGUGUCAUGCGUAUGGCCGCGGAUAGCAAACAUUGGAAAGAGAUUGAGGAAAAAUGGCCACAUUUAAGAAAUGAACCAAGAAAUGCAAGAAUUUCUUUGGCAAUGGAUGGUGUAAAUCCUUUUCGAGAUCUUAGAACAACAUAUUCUGUUUGGCUACUUUUAAUUAUUAACAACAAUCUCCCCCCCUGGAUGGCAAUGAAAAAGGAGCAUGCAAUGUUAACUCUUAUCAUACCAAGUACUAGAAUAUAUGAAUGUAAUGAUUUCUUGAAGAUUAUAUUAAAAUAUUUUAAUUCAAUUAAAACCCUGACAAAAAACUUUUUGUUUACUUAGGGAAGUAUCAGGUAAAUGAUAUGGAUGUAUACAUGGAGCCCCUCAUUGAUGAGCUUCAUGAAUUAUGGGAUGGUGUAAAUAUGCUUGAUGUAUCAAGACUGAUCAAUGAUAGAAACUUCCUCUUUCAUGCUAUGCUUAUCUGGACAAUUCAUGAUGCCCUGGGGCUCUCUAUUUGUUGUGGUAAUAUAUUGUAAAUUACAUUUUUAAUUAUUCUGUCCAUUGUACCCUUUAGUAAAUGUGGUUUCCAUUCUUAUUUCAGGUCUACAAACAAAGGGGAAACAUGGUUGUCCAUCAUGUGGGCCAAAAAUGUUGUAUAGGUAGUCAAAGGAUCUCAAUAAAACUGUAUAUGAUAAGUAUAGACAAUUCUUACCACAAAAUCAUCGCUAUCGAGUGCGUGAGAAAAAUAAAUUCAAUGGAAAGGAAGUGGAAAUGAGGAAGCCAAGAAGGAUGAACCCUACUAGGUGGAAAGCACUGUAUGGUAGAAAAGAAGGGACGAGCUUUCCACCAGGAAUGAAAAGACUCUCUAUUUUUUACAAAUUAGACUAUUAUGAGAACUUGCCAAUAGCCCACCUCUUUGAUACUAUGCACAUCGGGAAAAAUGUGGUAGAGUUCUUGUGGAAACAUCUAAAUGGAACUAACCUUGAAGCACAAAUAAAGUUAUGAAAGGACCUCCAAGUUGCCAAUGUCAUGCCGAACAUGUGGUUGCAUGAAAACAACUCAUAUAAUCAUGCUCCGUGGACUUUUACAUCAAAGGAGAAAGAAAACAUCAUUGAUACAAUGAAAAGCAUAAGGUUUCCUUCUGGCUUUGGCACAACAUUAAAAAUCUUAUUCACGAGAGAUGGAUCAGAGUUCUCGGGCCUAAAAACACAUGAUUGGCACAAUUGGAUAAAGGUAAUUUUGUAGUACUUUUGAUUUGUUGGAAACAUAAUUAUAAAUUUAUAUAUGCUAGUGAUAAUAUCAAUUCAUGUAUAUUUUUAACAUUGUUAUUUGUUAAUGGUCAUGCAGUAUGUGUUGUCUGCAGCAAUACCAAGCACUUUUGAUCAUGAUGUUAGGUUAACUAUUUACAAACUAUCCAAAUAUUUGAGGUAGUUUGAAUCAAUCAUUCCUACUCUUCCAUGACUUAUAGUUUUGAAGUAAUCAUAAGUCUUUAUUGUAAUACAUGCUAAUACUUGUAGGUGGGUCUCAUCUAAAGAGAUACAUCUGGAUGACUUGAAGUAUUGGAAAAUGAAUAUUUCACUUUUGAUGUGUGAUAUUCAAAGGUGCUUCCCUCCAAGCUUUUUCAAUUCUCAAGAGCACUACCUUGUACACCUAGUAGAAGAGAUUGAACAGUGUGGUCCUAUUCAUAUUCGAACAAUGUGGCUUGUGGAGAGAUAUAUGAAGGUUUUAAAACAAUUUGUUAGGCAAAAGGCUCGACUAGAAGGGUCCAUGGCUGAGGGGUACAUGGUUUUCCAAGCAAUGGUUCAUCUGAGUGAGUACUUACCUCAAUUGCAUCUUGAAGCUCUGCGAUUAUGGAAUUAUAACCAACCUCAAUCAUUUGAAGGAGAAAAAUUAGAGGGUCAUGGGACUUCAAAGAGGAUAAAAGGCAUACAAAAAUACUGGAAGUAGUUGUUUUUAUCUUAAAUUUUAUAAUACAUGCUUUUAAAUAAUUAUUAAUUUAUUGAAUAAUUCUAUUUUUCUUCAUAGAUGCUAAGGAGUGGGAAGCAUUACAUUUGUAUGUUGCAUACAAUUCCGACUUUAUGUUGAAAUGGAUGGAGAAGUACGCUGAACAAAAGAAAAUAGAGGAUGAAAAGGCAUGGGCCAAUAUAUAUAAUAUAGAUGGUCAAAACAUUGUUCGAGGAUUGCCCGCAAGCCAUAAAAGAAAUUGGCCAGAGAGAUGCUCAUGGAAUUGGCUAAAGAUCAAUAUUGAACAUGAGGCAACAAAAGGGAGAAAUAGAGUGACACAACAACAAUUGAAUUUCGUGAAAGGAUCUAUAAAUGGGAAGGUGAUACAUAUAUAGUAACAUAUUGGAGAUAUUUAGUAAAUUGUCUUUUAACUUUUGUAUUCUCAGAUCUAAUUAUCUAAUAUUUAUAUGAAUUUAGGUAACAUAUUACAAAGGAAUGUGGAAUUUUGGUCAUCACUUUCGCAUCAAAAAGGUUGAUGAAAAGAGGCAAACUUAUGAUUGUGGAGAUUCAGCAUCAUUUGAGGUGGAAUGUUGUUCACAUGCAAAUGAUAGACAGCCAAUCACAAGCACACUUUGCUAUUAUGGAGUGCUGGAGGAUAUUAUAGAGCUUGAUUUUAUGUCUUUCAAGAAAGUUAUUUUUCAUGUUGAAUGGUACAAGCUUAUCAAAGUGGGUGAAGAAAAAACUAUCUUUAUGCACAACAAUGGAUUCCAUAUGAUUAAUACAUCUAGGUUUGAAGCCACUUCUGAACCUUAUGUGUUUCCAAAUCAAUGUGACCAGAUAUUUCUCAUUCCAAAUUUAGAACAACCUGGUUGGUCAUUUGUUAUUGAUUAUGAUCCAAGAGGAAGAAGAGUAACAUAUGUUGAAGACAAUGAAGAUGCAGAAGUCCUCCUUGAUGAUGAAAAUAGCAUAGAUGGAGAUGAUGAAAAUUUUAUUGUCAAUGAUGCAUGUGACCAGGAUGAAGAUCAUGAUGAGUUUAUUGAAGUGUUCGAAGGACAUGAGCAACCGCAUGGGCAUCAAGUCCAUGAAGAUGAUGAAUUUAUUGAUUUUAAUUUGCCUGUAGUUGAAGGUGAUGAAGACCAUAAAAAUUCUAGUAUUAAUUUAUUUGUAGAUUUAGGGCCCAUUACUGAUGAGGUAUUUAUGCCACCAAAUGAGGAAAUUU